ACCUGUGCGAUUUUUAUUACGUCCCUUUACCUGAGCUGUCCUCCUUCUUAAAUACAAUUUCUUUUUUUAACCUGUAUUAUUUCAAACUAUCCGUUCGCCAUCAUGGCUGCUGCUGUCCUCAGACUAACCUACUUCUUAUUCACAAUAACUUUUGUGUGUGCUCUGGAAUGUUAUGUCUGUGUCAACCAGGCGACCAACAAGGAUAAGUGUAUCAAGACAACGAUCCAAUGUGAAGAGAAUUAUGACAGCUGCAUGUCAAUUUAUGGAGAAAAACAGGCAAUGUUCUGGACACCACGCCUUCGAAGAAUUCACCAUAUUUCUAAAUCAUGCAGUAAAUCAGAAGACUGUGACCGUCAGAGACGUAUGUUAAACCUGAAUCUAACCUGUCAGCGAGAUUGGUACCGAGACUGGUUGUGUGUCGAGUGCUGCCAGGGAGAGAAAUGUAACUACUACGUAACACUUGGUGUAGCAUUUCAACAACCUUGCACAAUUCUGCUGUUACUGUGCAUUAUAUUUAGUGCUGUCAUAUUGCAACAGCAGCUCCGAUGAUUCUUGAAGUAUGAUGAGAAAUGUCUUUGAAAAAAAA